AUGCCGAAAAAGAAGAUAAAGCAACUUGAGCAAAGGCGAACCAACAUCCUUGCAUCCUUGGACCGCUGCGAAGAUUAUUCUCAGUACUGUAAUUGGUUAGAGAACCGAUGCAAGAUUAAUCUUCGCCUCGAUAGUAUGGACAAGCUUUGGAGUUCAUUUGAAGACGUGCAAACAGACAUCGAAUGCCACGAGGAAUCUCUGCAAGCUGAGUCGCAUCAUAUGGCAUUGCGUGAAAGAUUUGAAACGAAAUUUUUCCGUGUAAAAGGUAUUUUAUUGUUCAAAAUUCCGGAUACGCAUACGCAACAACUGUCCUCCGAUCCAGUUCACUCGUCGAACACGUCGCAUUUAUCUGGAGUCAAGCUUCCAACCAUCACCCUACCAGAAUUCGACGGCGAUUACAAUCAAUGGUUGACGUUCCAUGAUACCUUUAUGGCUUUAAUACAUUCAUCUACCGAGAUCUCGACCGUGCAGAAGUUUCAUUAUCUCCGAGCAGCAGUUAAAGGAGAAGCCGCGCAACUUAUAGAGUCUCUAACCAUUAGUUGCAUGAACUACCCGGUAGCAUGGCAGAUUCUGGUUGACCGGUACUCAAAUAGUUACCUACUGAAGAAACGUCAUAUGCAAACUAUGUUGGAUCAUCCAAAAAUCAAACGGGAAUCAGCUAGCGCAUUGCACGGUUUGGUAGACGCUUUCGAACGACACAGUAAAAUAUUAAAACAGUUACAGGAACCAGUGGAUAGUUGGAGUACGAUCAUGGUACAUUUGAUUUGUUCCCGAUUAGAUGACACCACGUUGAAACUAUGGGAAGAUCAGGCUUCUACACUCUCGGACCCCAAUUAUGGUGCGCUUAUUGAAUUUUUACAACGCAGGACGCGCGUGCUCGAAUCGCUUUUAGUUAACACGGUUCAUGCAUCGCAAACACCAGUGCCAUCACAACCAUUUAAACGUUUUGUUCCAUCAAAGGUGUAUUCACACAAUUUUACGGAUGAACGGGUAUUCAAAUGCGUGGCUUGCUCGAACAAUCAUCGUCUGUUCGAAUGCCAGGAUUUCCCUAAGAUGCCAAUCGAGAAACGCUUGGACCUUGUGAACUCAAACCGCUUAUGCAGUAACUGCUUCCGUUCAGAUCACUUCGUAAAGAACUGUCCCUCAAAAUUCCGCUGCAGAACCUGCAAUGGAAAACAUCACACAAUUAUUCAUCCUGGAUUCCCCAACCCAAAUGCAGCGCCACACUCGGCUAUAUCUGCAUCAUCUACUUCACAGGAAUUUGAGGUUGUCCGUGGAACUAGCAGUCAGAAACCGUCGACCUCAACAUUAGUUAAUACUACGACAAUUGGUUUUAACACUUUCCUAAUGACGGCAGUGGUAAAGGUCGUUGAUCGUUAUGGGAACGAACUUUUGGCACGCGCUAUGCUAGAUUGCGGUUCAAUGUCGAAUAUCAUGACACAAAGGCUUUACCAAAUGCUUCGUUUAAAAGGGCAGAAAACGGAUAUCAACGUGCAUGGUGUCGGCACAGGCGUUCUGAAGUGUACUCAAAUGGUUACAACAGACGUGCGUUCCAGACUUUCGGACUACAAAGUUGCUAUGGAGUUUCUGGUACUCAACAAGCUCACAUCGAAACAACCAUUAAAUAAUAUAUGUACUACUAAAUGGCAUAUACCAGAUAACGUUACAUUAGCAGAUCCUAGAUUCAAUGUUCGUGGCGAGGUGGAUCUCAUUCUGGGAAUACAGCAUUUCUUUUCUUUCUUUUGCUCAAAUCGACAAAUUCACCUAGGUCAUGAUCUCCCAAUCGUGGUAGAGACUGUAUUCGGUUGGGUUAUUGCAGGUACAGCAUCACUACAGCCGCAUUCACGAAUCACUAUUACAAACUGUGCCACAACCGAUCCACUUAGCCGUCUAGUGGAAAGGUUUUGGGAAGUGGAGGAAAUAGCCGAACGGAAAUUAUUAUCUAUCGAAGAGGAGAAUUGUGAAAUGCUCUACCGAAACACGACAACAAGAAACGAAGGUGGGCGUUAUGUUGUGCGCUUACCAACGAAUUCAGCAAUCAUUGGGAUGCUUGGAGAAUCGAAAUCAGCUGCCUUGCAUCGUUUUAACUUACUUGAACGACGUUUAGAGAAAAAUAAGGAAUUGAAGAAGGCUUAUCAUGAUUUCAUGAAUGAAUACAUUCAGUUAAAUCAUAUGGAACUUGUCCCUCAAGAGGCAGAACAUGAAGGUGGUUUUUACCUGCCCCAUCACCCUGUACUUAAAACAUCCAGUUCAACAACAAAGUUAAGGGUGAUGUUUGAUGGGUCCGUUAAAACGUCUUCCGGAAAAUCGUUAAAUGAUGCACUUUUGGUUGGGCCGGUAGUGCAAGAUGAGCUUUUGCAGAUAGUAAUUCGCUUUAGAAAAUACGCUGUGGCAUUAGUCGGUGACAUUGAAAAAAUGUAUCGUCAGGUAAUGGUGCACCCUGAUGAUAGACACCUACAACAAAUUCUUUGGAGAUUUAAUAAUUCGGAUCCAAUUCAAACAUACCAGUUGUGUACCGUUACAUACGGACUAGGACCAUCUUCUUAUCUAGCCACAAGAACGCUUUUGAAACUUGCUGAGGAUGAAGGGUGCCAUUACCCUAAAGCUGCACCGCUGGUAUCGAAAGGGUAUUACAUCGAUGAUUUCAUAGGAGGUGAUGAUACAGUUGAGGGAGCUAUAGAACUGCGGAAUCAAAUGAGCAAUCUAAUGGUAAAGGGAGGCUUUAUAUUACGUAAAUGGGCAUCAAACAAGCUGGAUGUACUUCAGAAUCUACCAUCAGAUCAAAUCGGAACACAGUCGUCCAUAAAGUUUGUUCCGGAUGAGAUGAUUAAAACGUUGGGCAUCACAUGGGAACCCGAGUCGGAUUAUUUGCGUUUCAACAUCACUAUCAAGGAGAACGACGGUCCACUCACCAAACGAAAAAUUCAAUCAUGCAUCGCCCAACUUUUCGACCCUUUGGGAUUGAUUGCACCGGUCGUAAUAGCAGCUAAAAUAAUUAUGCAACGUUUAUGGCUUGUUCCUAUUGGGUGGGAUGAUGAAGUCUCUACGGACUUACGCGAACUAUGGCAAGAUUUUCGACCCCAAAUUACUCAACUAUCACAGUUCAAGGUGGAUCGAUUUAUAUUUAGCUCAAAGGCGAAAACUAAACAAUUACAUUGUUUUGCGGACGCGUCUAAACUAGCAUAUGGUUGUUGCGUUUAUGCUCGCACGGUAGAUCAAGAUGAUACGGUUAAGGUCCAACUAAUAUCGUCAAAGUCUAGAGUUGCUCCUCUAAAGCGACUCAGUAUACACAGACUCGAGCUCUGCGCUGCCUUGCUUGCCGCACGUUUGUACUGUAAGGUUGCCCAAGCCCUGGAAAUGGAAUUUGACUCUGUGCAUUUUUGGUCAGAUUCUACGGUUGUGUUAAACUGGUUGCGAGCACCGCCUUACCACUGGAAAACCUUCGUCGCCAACAGAGUUAGUGAAAUUCAGACAUCGACGCGCAGCGCUGAAUGGAAACACGUUCCAGCACCUUCUUCCAACAUAGCCUCCCUUAUCGUUACACCUGGAGAUCACCUCUGCUUGAAAAUCCACCACGUUCUGAUUGAUGGAAGGCACUACUCCGACAAUAUCAAUGUCAGGACCUAUCGUGGUGCUAACGUCGACUCUGACCACUAUCUGGUGAUGGUGAAUCUGCGCCCAAAACUCUCCGUCAUCAACAAUGCACGGUACCAGAUUUCGCCACGGUACAACAUAGAGCGAUUGAAUCAACCGGAUGUCGCCUCAGCAUACGCGCAGAAUAUCGAGGCAGCGUUGCCAAACGAGGGCGAGCUCGAUAUGGCUCUCCUAGGAAACUGCUGGAGUACAGUAUAA